AUGCUGCUCUGCGGCGUCACCUUCCUGCUCUUCUCACACCCGCCGGCUCUCAAGAGGCUGACGGACGAGAUCCGAUCUUCGUUCUCGUCCCAGAGCCAGAUCACGCUACUGUCGGCGUCCAAACUGCUCUACGUGCUCGCCUGCCUGAACGAAGCCCUCAGGGUGUAUCCGCCCCGCAAAGGAAAACUUUCCCUUGUCACCCGGAACGGAAAUCCAGGUAGCCAUCCUCCUCAUGAUAAACCUCACAAUAUGGACUUCAUCAAAAUACAAAACAGCCUGGCUUAUGCUGAAACGCGGCUCGCGCUGACCAAACUCGUGUUCAACUUUGACAUGGCAGCUGGGGCAAGCACCCAGGGUUGGAUGGACCAAAAGGUGUACAUUAUGUGGGCGACAGAGCCUCUUCAUGUCUACUUGAGGCCAAUCGUGCGGCCCUACUGGGGACACGCUCCACGCUUCUACAUGACAAAGCUGGUGACGGCAGGCCCCGGCUCUUACGAAAGCCGGGAGCGAACCGAAUGGCCGAAUCUCGUCAUGAUAGACCGUUGA